AUGGUUUUUCCGUCUGUUCCUGCCUUUCUAGAUCCACCCAACUGGAACCAGGUGAGCCUUCUUCCCACGACGACCUCCCCUAUUUUCCAAUUUCUUUCUCCACUGCUUCUUCAAAGCCAAAGCACGAUGUAAAGGACCCAAAAAAGGAAAAUAUUCUCACUCCCCCUCCACCCCACCCUCUCUCUCAUAUUUCCUCUUGAAUAUGCUACUGAUUUCAUCUCUUCCUCCCGGUUCCACUGGAUCUUCUUCUUCUUCUUCUCCUUCUCCCUGACGACGAUGAUCUUACUUUUUGUUUGUUCGAUGUAGCAACCGAACUAUCAGCAGGAAGCCGGAGGCCAGGUUCACCAGCAGCCCCCAGCACCGCCGCAACGUCCCGAUGACAAGAUCUCAGGCGCUGCCAGGCCGAGCUCCAUGGGCGACCGUGCACGCCUGGCGAAGCUCCCUCAGCCGGAACCUGGACUCAAGUGUCCUCGAUGCGAUUCCACCAACACCAAAUUUUGCUACUUCAACAACUACUCCCUCUUGCAGCCCCGUCACUUCUGCAAGGCCUGCCGCCGGUACUGGACACGUGGUGGUGCCCUCCGGAACGUCCCCGUCGGCGGCGGCUGCCGCCGCAACAGGCGGAGCAAGAGCGGAGGAGGCUCCAAGACAGCGGUGGCCGCCACAGAGCGGCAAACGGUAUCCUUUGCCGCUGCAACUUCUGCCGCCGGUCUCAGCGAGAUUCCCCCCAACAUAACCACUCAGACGCAGCAGCUCCCAUUCCUUUCUCCUUUACAACCCUUGUUCGAUUAUGGAGCAACCGCGGCGAGUCUCGGAUUGGCUUUCCAGGGCAUCCAGCCGCUCGAAGGGGUUGACUUUCAGCUGGGGGGCAGUUCGAGUGUUCCUCUUGAGCAGUGGAAACUCCAGCAAUUUCCCCCGCCACCAGCGCCGCCGGCUAUGGGGCUGUUUCCAUUUGACGGAGAAGGGGGUGUAGGAUGCUUCGCGGGGCAGCUGCAUGGGAAGCCAUCGUCAUCGGGGCUCAUCUCCCAUCUGUCCUCCGUCAAAAUGGAAGGUAACCCUAGAGGGAUAAAUUUGCCGAGACAGUAUCUGGCAAUCACUGGUGAUAACCAGUACUGGAGUGUCUCUGGCGGAGGGGGCGGCGGCAGCAGCAACGGCGGUGGAAGCGGCGGUGGCGGCGGAUGGACGGAUCUCCCGGAGUUCAAUUCCUCCUCCACCGGUAACAUACUCUAA